CUAAUAUGGCUGAGAAAGGCUUAGAAGAAAAGAGCAACUCAAGACAGGAGCGGAAGGAGUUAGCCUUGAAACAAAACAUUCAUGUAUUGAGUCGCUAUUUUUCAGGAAUUAGGAGCAUUCUAUUCUAUGCUCACAACGUUUGUGUCUACGACUUUGACGAGGCAAAUAAGUGUUGGAAGAGAAGUGAAAUUGAAGGAGCUUUUCAUAUUGUAGACACCUUUACAGAGAUUCCAUUCAGAAUCAUUGUACUCAAUCGACGAGAGUUGGAGAAUUUGGCUCUUGAUAUUGUACCCGGUUGGACACAUUUUGAGGAAGUAAAGGGAACAAUACAGUUGCAGUCUCCACAAGGCAAAAUUUAUGCUUUGUGGUUUUUCGAUGAAGAAGAAAAGGUUGAAGCUGUGAAAGUUCUUUCGCUACUUUUGGAACAGCAAAGGCCGGCGCCAGAAAAUUUGUCCCUGAAUCAGAGACUUUAUGGAUCAUAUUCGAAAACAAGUGAAGCUUCAUUGGUGCAUCAAACACCAGAAAAGGAAAUAUUACGUCUUUUGAAGUCUUCUUGUAGAAGCAACGAGGUGACAACUAAUGGAGCUGAAAAUUCUCCGCCAACACAGAGAUAUCGUCAGGUGCUGUCUCCGGGGAGACUAGGUUCACCAUUUCCUUUGAAUAAUAAUGUUAUGAAAAAUAUGUCAAAGCCUAAUUUUACGAAUCGUGUCGAAACAUCACAAGAUAGUGUUACCAUACCUUGUUCAGUAGAGGCCGGCAAGCAGAUUCUUUCAUUACUCAAGCAUGUUGAGUCGAGCUCUUUGAGUGAAACUAGUGUUGUCAACGAUCCCUAUGCUUCUGUUGGGAAUAAUAGUUCACGAAACUCCUCAUUUAACGCAAACUUUGGUGGCCAUGAACAGACCCAGUCUGAUAGCAUGAAGGAUAAUUCAUUUCCUCCAUUGCAAGCAGCUCUGCAGGUUUUAGCUUAUCAUUCAUCUGGUCACGAAGAACGCUUGAAACGACCAGAAAUCGAUGAUAAAGUGAGUGAAAUUGCAGCGUUUUUCGAGAGGUUUGGCUGGAAAAGUACUUUACCCAGUGAAGAACAGUUGAAAGAGUUGUUAAACGCUAUUCUGCACGAUGAUGUUCUGUUUCAUCAAUUCUACGAACAAUAUAUAAGGACCGUUAAGUCAACAAACGCAGGAGCACAAUACAGUUCGAUUCCUUAACAAUCUUAAAAUGUUAUUCAUUUGCUUCAACUUGUUGUUGGAUUGUAUCUUGAAUCUUUAGCAAUAUCACUUGUCGGUUUCCAGAUGCUCUAGUAUUUCUGAAAUAUCGUAAUUGACGUUCAUAGAGGGUCGAAAUAUUUUUCAGUACAAUGCAUUUUACAUUCUAUUUGGUGAGAGUUUUUUUAACUUCUUCAUUGAUAAUGAAAUGAAGUGACUAGUAUAAAG